UCUGCGCAAGGCUAUAAAUGGGCGGUGUGCGCCUACAGUCAGGUGGUUGCUCGUCUCUUUCAGACUCAGUGUACUUCUACUGGUCUCGCACGUCGAACCCCCGGACUUGCAAAAACGUGGUCUUCUAACGGUCAAAACAUUGGCAGAUGAAAAAAUAACGUACCCACGAAUUCACGUAGGGUAAUCGAUUGCAAAUCUGAGCUCUGUUUGGAGAAAAAUUGAAAAUUUUUACACGCUGCGUACAGCAAUCGAAUAAUAAAUUAUACGAUAUUAGUAUAGUAGCUUUACAUCAACGGAAAACUCGUUGGCCAAUUGAUACGGUUGCCUUUCCCUCAACUCUGUGAGCAGUUGUUGAGAAUCACUGUGAUAAAAUUAACAACAAAGUAACGUUAAUAAUAAUAACAACAACAAAAAAAAAACAACAAUAAUAAUAAUAGAAAUAAUAACAUACGUACGUAAGCUUAAAUAAAUUUGAAAAGUUGAACAAUUUUGAGCAGUUCGAGAAAAAAUAAACAUCUACUGCACGGUAAAAUAAAAGAAGUUUUGUGAAUGUCCUGAGAGUUGAUUAUACUGUCAGUUGAAUCACUGGCGGAUAGAAAUACGAAAGGGAUCCAAUCCAGGCUGUUUGUGAAUCCUAUAAAGACCCGUUUAGCGGAAAUUAUGAGGGCACGGCGCGUCAAGAAGUGUGUAUGCUGAAGCAGCCAGGUGUCUCGAACUGCGACAAGGCCCAAUCGCAGGGCCUUAUGGUAGGUGACGAAGUCCUGCGUGUACUGGCAAUAAAGAUACACGGCCUGAAAGGCUGGCCGCGGCGUUGGUCCCACUGAAACGGAGCCACAAUCAUCUCAAACCAUGGCUGACAAGAAUCAAAACUUCAUAUCGGAAUCGGCGAAUCCAUCUUUAGUCGAGACGACCCAAAACGGACUGUACAAGGGUAACAACAAUGCUGGUUUGUCCGGUGGUGCGAGGAAAGAGGGACUGUACACGAAGAAAGAUGGUGGCGGUGGGGGUCACGGCUAUGCUUCAAGGCACGCGAACAUGGUUAAGGACUCUUAUCUGUCGAAGUCGACGGAGGAGAAAAUAUGGAACAACAACGCCGAGUACUCGGGAGAAAAGGGCUUUGCCCCAAUCGUCGGCUGGCAGAACGACAGCCCGACCGUAUUUCCGAGCUCCCCGGUAAGAGGCCUAGAAAAAAUGGUGUCAGCGGGGGGAUUGGGCGGCGAGAAUCAGAGCUUGACGUCCAGGAGCUCGGGCAUCCUUCAGGAUAGUGGUCGGACCGAGGACCUGCUCUUUCCCUCGACGCCUGCCCUGACCAUCGACCCGAGCGCUGAAUCCUUGGGGCUCGACCAGGACUCGGAGAACAAGCCAACCCUCCUGAGUCCCGGAACCGACAACACCGAGGAUCGGGUGCCACCGACGCCGACGCAGAGCUUCACUGCUUCGCCGAACCUGACAGUGGGACCGAGUCCAACGGGCCCUCAGAGCCCCGAGGACGGCGAGAAGACGAAGGGGGUUGAGAAAACGCAGGGAAUCCUGGUGCACAGGAAGUACUCGGAGCCGGAAACGACGGUGACCGGGAACCCUGGGUACCUUGACUACGAUCCGGGGGACUUCGACUCCAUAGAUGACUCGGAGAGUAUUUUGGAAAUAUACGACGAAGAUGGGGACGCGGUGCAGACCAAGUCGAAGAUCCCAGACGGGGGCUGGGGCUGGGUCGUCGUGGUUGCGUCGCUACUGAUAUCCAUGGCCGCCGAUGGUAUCUCCUUCAGCUUUGGCCUUCUCUACAUCGAGUUUCUCCACGAGUUUGAGGCGUCGAAAGCAAAGACAGCCUGGAUCGGCUCGCUCUUCAUGGCAGUGCCGCUUCUUACCGGGCCGAUAAUGUCCGCCCUGGUGGACAGAUACGGGUGCAGGCGGAUGACCAUCCUGGGUGGCUUCAUUGCUGGGAUAGGAUUUGUUCUGAGCUCAUUUUCUCAGUCCAUCGAGGUAAUGUACUUGACAUUCGGGGUGCUGGCGGGCGUCGGUCUGGGUUUGUGUUACGUAACAGCGGUCGUGAGCAUCGCCUAUUGGUUCGACAAGAAGCGCACUUUAGCGGUAGGUUUAGGGGCCUGCGGUACCGGUAUCGGGACCUUCGUCUACGCUCCCUUGACCACCUUCCUAAUUCGAGAGUACGGAUGGCGUGGGACCACUCUUCUGCUCUCGGGAACCUUCUUCAACCUCAUUGUAUGCGGCGCCGUCAUGCGGGAUCCAGAGUGGUGGAUCGAGGAACAGCGGAAACAGGGGACCAUGGGAUCUCCCAAGAAGUCAACGGGUUGGUCUGAACUCGGCGGCUCAUCCGGCAGCCCCGUGGAUGAUUUUCCCGGCGUCGAGGAGCUCAGGAAGCUCCUCAAGAGCGGUCAGGCGCCCGAAUAUCUUCUCCAGAGCCUCAGCACCACAACUCAGGCCCAGCCGAAUGCUCGGGGUGGAAAUUUCAGAAGCGUCGUCAACCUGCCGACCUUCGUGCGUCAGAGUGAGAAGGUACCGCUCGAAGUCCUCGAAUCACUUUCGGGGAAUUCAAGACUCUACAACGUUAUACUGGAGAACUAUCCAAGUCUCUUAUUGUGCCGAAGUUUUUCUGAUAAGAAGCUGAUUGAUUCCAACGGCGAAGUUUCCAACACCAAUAAGACUGGCGUCACGAUGUCCAUGAGGUUACAUACCUGGAUCAAGCAAGCUACGGAAAGAGCCAAGCCCGUUGCACCGACCAAGGACUCUCGUCCCGGAUCCACGCAUGCGUCAACAAAGUUAUUGGCAACUCGACGAAUGUCCAGGAAAGAUUUGGAAGAGACGAACCCGUUACUUGCCAAGGAACUUGCACAUGCGAUGGCUGAGGCUGAGAAAGCGAAAACGCACUCGAGGCACCACCUGCCAGGAUUUGGUGGUACGGUCGUGAGAACGGACUCGAUUCCGUGGCUGCGUCGGCAGUUCAACACCAAUACUCAUUACUUCAAAGACAUUCGGGUACACAGGAAUUCGGUAAUGUACAGAGGGGCGGUGUUGAAUUUGCACAAGUACAGAUUGCGGGCCAGCAGCUGUCCCGACAUUUACAGAAACAGUAUGACGACGCUUGCCAAAGAGAACGAAGAGAAAUGGUACGGUGAGCUGCUUGAGCUCCUCAAGGGAAUGAUGGACUUCUCGAUGUUCUUGGAAUUGCACUUUCUCAUGCUCUCCUUGUCGACUAUCCUCCUUUUCACAUGGUUCAUUGUGCCUUAUUUCUACCUUGCCGAUCACCUCACGAGAAACGGUUACACCGAAGACGAUGCCGCGAAAUUGCUCAGCAUAAUCGGUAUCACGAAUACUAUCGGAAUGAUUGGUCUUGGAUGGGCCGGUGAUCAGCCUUGGAUGAACGUCAGCAAAACAUACACCUGGUGCCUAAUCGCCUGCGGUAUAAUGACGAUACUGAUGUCGGUAUGCACCGCGUACUAUUGGCUACUCGUUGUCAUAUGCGCGGCGUUCGGUCUCUUCUUCGCGAGUAAUUUCAGCUUCACGCCGGUUAUACUGGUCGAGCUGAUACCUCUUGAGAGAUUCACCACCGCUUAUGGUCUCAGUCUGUUGUGUCAGGGGAUCGGGAACCUAUUAGGACCGCCGUUGGCUGGUCUCAUUUUCGAUAUCACUGAAUCUUGGCACUUGUCAUUCCUCUUGGCUGGUUCAUGGAUCAUAGUUUCAGGGGUUCUCAUGGGCGUCAUACCCUGCACCAAAAAUAGACGAAUCUGGGGCAAGGGUCCGGUAGAAAUGGAUAGGGAAAGAGACCCCGAAGCCUAGAGGUCACUUCUGUAUUUCCAUGAAGUCUGACGGUAGUAAAAUCUCGAACCCAUCGCCAAUUUUACAACACUCGCACUUACAGGGGAUGAUUUGAACUGAAAAAUCGUGAUCAGAUUUUACAUUCCUAUUUAUUCAAUCCUGUAUCGUUCUUCAGAGGGGGUGAAUUUCAGUCGUGAUCUCAUACGGUGUCUUGACGGUAAGAUUUGAUAGUAAGCAUUCAUCAAAAAAUCGAAUAAAAAAUCAACAUUAGCUCAUUUAUAUUAUUGGUUAAAGAAUAAAUGAAUUAUUUCAGGCCUGCUGCAAAAGGUCAAUCGAUAUGUAAAUAAAAUAGGAGUGGUUGAGAACGGGGCAUAUUAGUAUAUAUUACUAUUGAUAGAUUUUAUUAUAUCAAAUUCUUGAUUGGUUGUAAAUAUUUCGUUCUACUAUUUUACAACUCAAUCGGCCUAUACUCAUGUGUCUUAAUCUCUGAUCGGUAAUUUCCGAUUAUACAAUAAGCAUCGAUCAAUUAUUAUUAUACAUUUCUUACAAUUUCAUAUCUUGUGUUUCAUUGGAAAAAAUUUCACGUCUGCGCGGAUACAUAGAGAUGUAUACAUAUAACAUUUGAGUGAGUGUUAAUUAAUUUAAGUACAUGUUAACGUUGAACGGUGUAACUUUUUUUGUACAUGCCGUUAUCUGGCAAUCAAUUAAAGAAAGUGAUUUUUUCCUCUUCGAAACGGUGCAAACGAGAACUGAUCCAAUUAUACGCUUAUAGCGAUACCGAAAUACAGUAAUAAUUAAAAUAGAAGAGGAUACGAAAGGGAGUGAAUAAUGCAUCUGCCUUCGAUCUAUUCAAUCAUAUAUAUAUAUAUAUAUGUAUAUAUAUGUAUUUAAAUAUUACCUAUACAUUGUACACGUAUAAUUAUAUUGUAUUUCAUAUACACGAAUUUCGAUCUAUACAUAUUUCAAUCUUAUACCGUGAAAAGAACCUUCCAUUCCGGAACAGAUAAUUUUUUAAAUAGCAAAUUAUUUCUAAAAGCUCGUUUAAGGGGUCUGGAGAUGAAUAGUUUAUCGAAUCUUCAUUUAUUUAGCUUCUAUACGUACAUUAUAUUAAAGUGUCGUUGAUACAUGUUCCAUUUUCGUCUUUUUAAACAGACUAGAAUUAUAAAUAAAGUUUUUGAAACCUUACAAACGUUAUGCCUUCGAAAGGAAGAAAAAAAAACAGUAUAAAAUGUAAUAAAAACUAAAACCACUAUAACAAAAUUCAAUCUGUUCAUUAAUUAAUCAAUCAACGGCGAACAGAUUGUUCAUUUAAUAUCCAAGCAUAAUGUUUUAUUUCAAAACUCGUUCAAUUCCUUUAUUUACCUCGUAUGUACUCAAUGCUGUCGAUAAGGUAUCAUUGCCAAAUAAUGUCCAUAUUCAGCUCGAGAAUAUACACAAGGCUUAGGUUGUGAGGCUAUAAGUUUCCUGUACGUAAUGGAUUAUCCAUAAUCAGAGUUUCGCCCAGCGUUGCUUCUAAAACAGGUUGUGUAUUUCAUUCCAAACAGAUUGGCAUAAACUGUGUAGUUAUACCUAUAUAAUAUAUUAAAUGUAUUGCCGAAACAAUUUUGCCAUAAAUUUUAUGCAUAAAUAUAGCAAUUUGUC